GAAAUAGCAAUGAUUAUUUGCCUUACUUGUUAACGUUUUGAAAUUGUGUAUGGCACAUGCUACAUGUAGAAUGGAACAAUUCUGUGCCAGUGGCGUGAAACGCGCAAACUCGGAUUGAUUUUCUCCGGUCAGCUGGUGUUGUUCAUCUUCCGACGAUACGGUUAAUUUUACGUACGAUUAUCGAUGGAUAAAUUUCUUUGGUAACAUGAACGAUAUGCAUCAAGAAUCCUCGAUAAAACGAGACGGAGGUCCGUGUGAGAAAAGUUGAAUGUGAAUGGUGAUCAAAAAUCGUCUGUUUUUGACACAGCGAAAAAAUAUGACUUCCUCACCUUCGUCCAGUACCAGUUCCGCAUACGCUAGUACUGACGAUGUUCGUCAGUACUACAGUAACGAUAAACGAAAUUUCGUUGGUUCGGACGAUGUCGGAACAACUCGGCUAUUGCGUUCAUAUUCACCUCGUCGUAGCAAAGCGGGAAGAUUCUUCGCGACACUGCGAAUCGACAAAUCCUAUAUUAAUGCGAAAAAUACUAUAAUAGCAGGGAUAAUAUUAGCCACAGUAAUUCUUACAAUAAUAGCAAUCUGCAGUGUUUAUGGAGCCAGUAGGGACGUAGAAAUUCAAGAAAACGAAGAUGUACCACCGGAUCCGGAAAUACUAUUACCUCCGUCAUGGAGCAAAUUAAAAAUUUUUAAACGUGGUGCCGUUUGUGCAGAUGCUGCACUAUGUGCUAACAUUGGCAAAUCAAUUCUAGAAAAAAAUGGCUCUGCAGUGGAUGCAACCAUAGCUGCAAUGAUUUGCAAUGGUCUCGUGAAUAUGCAAAGUAUGGGUAUUGGGGGCGGAUUUUUUAUGACAAUUUACGAUAAAGCCUCCAAGCGUGCAUACACGUUAACCGCAAGAGAUCGUGCUCCGUUAGCUGCAAACGCUACUAUGUAUCAAGGGAAGCCCAAAGAGGCGACAUUGUACGGUCCAUUGACUAUCGCUGUUCCUGGGGAAUUGGCAGGGUAUUGGGAAGUUCAUCAACGUUUCGGUAAAUUACCAUGGGUUGACUUAUUCAGGCCCUCGAUCGAACUGUGCGAAGAAGGAUAUAAUUUGACAAAAGUUCAACACGAUGGAUUCAGAUAUAAUGCAAAAAAUAUUUUAAAGGAUCGCGUAUUAAAGUAAUAAUUCGAAAAACGGAAUUAUUUGUAGAUCCAAAGACGAACGACUUUUAUAAACCAGGUUCAAUUAUUAGGCCCAAAGUA